AGCAGCUGACCACCACUAGCGGCCUACGGCUCUCACAGCGGGCACACACCAAACCACCUGAAUUGGCAGGACGAGGCAAAAACGCCAACAGUGGCAGAUGGAGAGAAAUGCAAAUUAAAAUUACAAAACCAGGAAAACAAAGGCAGUGGUGGCCGAACGUGUUGAGCGCCGUUCUCAUCGCCGUCACUUCGCCAACCGCUUCAUGUUUUAAGUCUUCAGUCUGCCUCAAGAAUGAUUGAAGUGCCAUCUUCAGUGGAAAAUUACAACACCAACACAGCCUUAAAAGAGGAGAAGCAGCGGACAGCAAGGGUGGAGACGAGAAGAUCUGCUCCGGAAGUGGCAAGCGCAUCAAUAAACGUACAGAGGAGGAGGAUGAGAGCUGGGAACGCAAGUCGAGUGGAGUCACCGCUGGGCACCGUUACUGGUUAUGUGUUAGAAAUCGUUUGAGUUUCGUAGACACCAACGGUGGGAUCUCACAAAAUAAUUUUUUCCAUAAAAACAGAAAAUCCAGGGCCAAAAGGGCUACAAUGGUUUUCCCACCUCUUGCUUUACUUUUUUUUUUUUUCCUUUCCUUGCCCUUGUGCUCACAAGCCCCCCUUCCCUCCCCUUCUGCCCUGGCUGACUUACUUGAGGUUAUGCCAGGCCUGCCCUCACCCGAUCUCUUAAUCCAGGCAGGGGCUGGCAGGCCACCUGCCGCGCCACUGCAGUCCUCGCCCCGGACAGGAAUGGCAGAGAUGCCGACGCGGUGCACCCACUGGUUCCAACUCCACAGGGCGCCAGUCACACUGGUGGCCACCCUGCUCAUCUUGCUGGCCAUCUGGACUCUCCAGCACAGGAUGCUGACUACAUCACUGCCCAAAGCGCUUGCUGUAAAAAGUGAAAGCGGCGUGUCAAGCAGCCCACCGGCCAAGCAGGUUGGUCGUAUGGACCCCCCCAGGGCUCAUCACAUUGUGUUCCUCAAGACGCACAAGACGGGGGGCAGCACGGUGCAGAAUCUGCUCUUCAGGCUGGGAGAGAAGGAGCGGCUGACCUUCGCCUUCCCCUACGCGUCCUUCCAGUUCUUCUACCCCGCAAGGUUUCAAGCGGCGUUUGUGGAUGAGCUGCCCCUCGCCUCUUCGCACUUUGACGUCUUGUGUAGUCACACUCGGCUGGACCUGGAGGAGCUUGGCAAGGUCAUGCCAGCCGACAGCGUCUACUUGACCAUUCUGCGAGACCCUGCCACCGCCUUCGAGUCCCUCUUCAGUUACUAUCAGAACUCCAUUCCUGCUUUUUCUAAAGUUUCUGCAGCCACCGGCUCUGGCAACAUGACUGCUUUACUCUCGGCGUUUCUUGAGAUGCCAGAGUUUUAUUACAACGCAAGCAGCCCAGGAAAUGGCUUGGCCAAGAACCCCAUGACCUUUGACCUAGGCCUAGAUAACCAAGAGUGGGCUCCCACAUGGCCAGAGAUGCUGGAGCAGCUCAGCCAAGCAUUUCAGCUCGUUAUGAUCGCCGAGUACUUCGACGAGUCUCUGAUUCUCCUGAAAGACAUCCUGGGAUUGGAAUACGAGGACCUCGUCUACGUGAAGCUGAACCUGCGGCAGAACUCUUACAAAUCCCCUGUGACGGAGGACUUGCUGGCCAGAAUGCAAUCCUGGAAUAGUCUGGACCACCUCCUCUACAGCUACUUCAAGGAGGUCUUCUGGGAGAGGGUGAGGAGGUAUGGGCUGCAGCGCAUGGCCAGGGAGGUCUCCGUUUUGAAAUCCCUACUUAAGGAGACGAGGCACCUCUGUCUCCAAGAGCAAGCGCUGCCCCCUGGUGAACUGGGGGAGAUGACACGCCCCUUUCAGCCAGAGACGGCCAUCAUCCUUGGCUAUGCCGUCCAGAGGAACCUGACGGAGGACGAUGCCUACUUCUGUCUGAGGCUCGUUCUGCCUGAGCUGCAGUACCACACGCAUCUAUACUUCCAGCAGUACAAGCGAGAAGUGCCAGGCAUAGAGGACUAGGCCAGAGACCACCUUGCCAAAAUAUCCCUCUGUUUGGGUACAGGUUUGUCAUCACCCAGUCAUGAAUUUUAACACUGUCAGGGGUGCUGUUGACAAAAGGGACUAAGUGCUGAGAAAAGUCCUUUUGUGUUGUUUGGGUUUUAAUCCACUAGAUGGCAGUAAAGACCGCGAGAUCAACUGAGCGCCGUACUCUUCAAGCUCGUCUUCCUAACAGCACAGCCAUUGCUCUCAAAAGAAAGAUGCCGUCGUGUCGGGGGGCAUAAUGGUGAGGGGUCUCCGAGCAGAACUGUCCACAAUCCUGCCACUUAACAUUUGGGAAGACGAUGUGGAGGUUAAUCAAUGGAAGCCCUCUUGGUCUUCAGAUUCGGUGCACGACCAGAGUGGAUCAUUUCAAAUAGUGAACGGCUUUUAAAUGGUGGAGUGUGGGGGACAAACAGACAGAUUCUCCUACCCCGUUCAUCACUUUUAAAUGACAUAAAAAGGAGGAGAACACAGAUGGCACGAGUUACUAAUGUGUGCAAUUAGGCACCUUGAUGGAGCUCAGAGGGUUCUUAAAAACUGGAUGGCAGGACGUUAUGGAAGUUCGACAAACAUACCACAGUCCUAUCCGCACAGUAAAGUGAAAUUCUGACCAACAAGUUUACCAACGGUUUUAGCCUUCAUUUACAGAAUCUUAGUGUCACUUAGUCCAACGUAACCAGCGCCUCACUCUGGCUCUGUCGUCAGGCAGCACACGUUAUUGGUGGGAGCUUGAAAUGUGCAGGAGCGUCACCCUACAGUUGGUGAAUCUGACCUGCCAGGCAAUUUAACACCUGCAGUCGGCGGUCGGACAUCAAACACAGAGAACUGCGCUUCCCACUCUGUUACUGUAGGUGGGCCACAGCCAGCGCCAGCUGAAAGCAACCACACCAGCCUCUAAUAACCAACCCACCCCAAAGCCCCCUCACUCAGACCAUCUUGUUCACUUCACUGUGGCUGGUGGUCCUGGACAAGCUCCCACGAUCAAACAUCGAUUAUCUGGCCCUGGCGAUUUGCCAUUUCAUUGCAGCCUCUUUAAUCUACGCCGCACUUCUCCCUCCUUUUAGUUUACACUGAACUGCCUUUAAACUAAAAUUAGAAUCUGUUGGCACCAACUGAUUAAAGCAAUCAAGAUGUAGAAAAGACGACGACGACGACGACACAGCUUGAAGUUUCCAGAUGGAGGUGCAGUGAUCUCAUAGUUGGCAGAGGGCACGUGCGACACGUCCGCUUUGGGCUCCACAGCUCGGGUUGCUAACACUCAACUCUCAGGCGUCAUCGGCUUAAAUGCACCGACAACCAAAAGUGAGUCACACUAUUUGACAGGAGUGCUGAUCGCUUACCUCUUUAAAUAUUAAAAUGGCACCUGUGAGUAGUUCAAACCGCACACACACGCACACAGAAUUUUAAAUACAUGAAUUUGCUUGGCAAAUGUACCUGCAGGAGAAAAACCCACAAGGCCCUUUGCCCUUUAAGACUUGGUCGUAAAAGACUGAUCUGAACAGCUGGGCUGCUAAAGAGUAAUACGAAUCCCCCUUCAGUGGUCUGACCGUUUUCUCCCAGUGGCAGUGCAGCACACGAGUGCAGAGUUCAUAACCAAUUUAAGAUUUGAUCACGGCAGCCAACACAGAGCCAAGAAUAGCACCAGUAAGGAGAGCCAAUCACAUGAAGAAUCAAAAACCAUUACCUUCAACGACACACUGGGCCAGUGGUUAAAGUAAAAAUAUAAUUCUACAGAACAAACAAUUUUAAGAAUUUUAUUAAAAAUGUUUAGAAAUCAAAACCUGCAGUUUCCAUGUGUCAUCUCGUAACAUUCCUGUAGUUAUAAAUAUAGAGAAACUCUUUACUAAACCCCCUAGAAACGAAGCAAAAGUGAAACUGAACAGAGGAAAAUGGCCAACGUUCACUUGAUCCAAAUCCAGGGUCAGAUUUACUCAGAGUACAGUACAUAAUGGGAGAGUGAAGCACGCCGACUUCAGGCUUGUGAAACAAAAAGGAAAGGAAACCGAGAAGGUCGAUAACCACUUAGUGUCGGAGGCCAUUUUGAGCCAAAAUGAGCAGAGCUGCGAUUCAAGUACUCCAUGGCACCUUAUAUAUAUUAUCUAAUUUAUACUCUUAAAAAAAAAAAAAAAAAAACUCUCAAGUCUCGGAGAUG